CCGGCCUUACAACACCCGCUUCGGGCUCAGGAAUGCUGGCCCGCAACGCAUGUCCGCAUCCAUAAGACUCAAGUCACUUUCCAUUCAAAAUCAAUCCGUUUUCAGUCAAACGCCUUUGUGGAGGAUGACAGUCCAACUUCCCCGACCACCGAUCCAUCAUGCAACGUCUUCCUCUUCAAUGUCAUCUCCUCUUUCCUUCGACGCUGUCUCCCCAAAAGAUUCACCACCCUAGUCAGCGCCAAAGAUUCAGUUUCUCGAGUUCGACAAGAUGAUCCGCGGGAGGACACAGAUCUCACGGAUCGUGAUCGCCGUCCUAGUCAGCUACGGCCUCUUAGUAUUCUUAUUCAGCCAGUCGGCGCGCAGGUUCUGGGCGACGGAUGGCGUGGAUAUGGCACGGAGUUACUUCGAAGACCAUGCUUUCGAACACAUCAAGAACGAAACGUUGGGGUUCGAACACAUCUUUGCGAUCGGGUUAAAGGAGCGGACCGACAAGCGCGACUUCCUUACACUCGCUGCCUCGAUGGCGGGAUUCCAGGUCGAGUGGCUCGACGGAGUGCGACCGACGGAGAUCAACCCUAAGUCGCUGCCGAAUCAAAACAGCCUCAAGCCCUCGGAGAUCGGCUGCUGGCGCGCACAUAUGAACGCCCUCACCAAGUACGGCACCCGACCCCCCUCCCAAUACUACCUCCCUCCCUCCGCUUCCUCCCUCAUCAACGGAUACUCCACAGCCCUAAUCCUCGAAGACGACGCAGACUGGGACAUCUUCAUUAAGCAGCAGCUGCGGGAGUUCGCGCGCGGGGUGCGAUCGCUGACGGGCAACACGCACGGGUCGCGGCAGGCGCCCUACGGGACAAACUGGGACCUGCUCUGGAUCGGCGGGUGCGCGUCGGCGGCGAAAGCCAACGAGACGCAGUUCUUCGCAAUCCCGAACGACCCGACAGCGCCCAGCGUCGAGCACCGGGGCACCUGGGGCGGACCGCUCAAGGAGUGGACGACGCAGUACCCGGAGUUCCCAGAGACGUCGACGCGGUUCGUCUACCGGGCGGAGUACGGGUGCUGCACGUACGGCUACGCGGUGACCAAGCGCGGGGCGGAGCGGAUCCUGGCGGCGCUGGCCGUCGACCGGCUCGUCGCCGCCGUCGACAACUCAAUGGGCGACCUGUGCGGCGGGAAGGAUGGCCGCCCUCAGAUUGAGUGCUUCGCCCCCUUCCCCAACAUCGUCGGCACCUACCGGUCGGCGGGCCCCGCCUCCAAGGACUCGGACAUCCACAAUGGCACCGACGAGUGGCACGAGGCCCAGGCCUGGAAUCUGAUGUACAGCACCCGGCUCAACAUUCAGAACCUGGUGGCCGGCAAGGACACCGUUUACGCCCAGUACGAGGAGAAAUUUCCCUGGUCCCAGCGGAAGCUAAGUCGGAAGAAUUUCCACUAUCCGCAGGGGUAUCUGGUGGAUUGA